AGCAAGGUGCCUGAAUGGGAAAAAUAGGACGAGAGAGAGGGCUCAGACGGGUGUGGGAGUGAGAAUGGACAACCUGGCAGAGUUGGGGAGCCACAGCCUGGCCAGCAGGAGGGAUUGGGACAGCACUUGUGUUGAAGAUCUUUUGGAUGAAGAUGAGAAGGACAGAGCAAAAAGGGCUUCACGCAAUAAAUCAGAGAAGAAGAGAAGAGACCAGUUCAACAUUCUUAUUAAGGAGCUAUGUACUAUGCUGCAAGGGCACGGCCAUCCCCGGAAAAUGGACAAGUCCACCAUACUACAGAGGACAAUCGACUUCUUGCAGAAGCAGAAAGAAAUAACUGCACAGACACAAUCAUGUGAGACCAGACAGGACUGGAAGCCAUCAUUUCUCAGCAAUGAGGAGUUCACACAGCUAAUGUUAGAGGCUCUGGAUGGUUUUCUCAUCGUUCUCUCCAUAGAUGGAAACAUCAACUACGUAUCAGACAGUGUUGCUCCUCUCAUUGGCCAUUUACCGUCAGAUAUGGUGGACCAAAACAUAUUGAAUUUUCUCCCUGAAAGAGAACAUGGAGAAGUCUACAAGCUUCUUUCCUCACACAUGCUCCUCACUGAUUCUGUCUCUGCAGAUUUCCUAGAAAGUGAGAAUCACAUUGAAUUCUGUUGUCAUUUGGCAAGAGGAAGCAUAAACCUCAGUGAGCCUCCUGUAUAUGAAUGUGUGAAAUUUACAGGAGAUUUCAAAUUUUAUAACCAUGUGCCUACAUCAUCUUGCAAUGGCUUUGAGUCAGCUUUGCCAAGAGCAAUCCAUCCAGCUAGUGAGGAACAGCUAUGCCUCGUAGCUACUGUACGGUUGACUACACCACAGUUUUUAAAGGAUAUGUGUAUCAUUGAAGAACCCUGUGAUGAAUUUACAUCACGGCAUAGUUUAGAGUGGAAAUUUUUAUUUUUAGACCACAGAGCCUCCCCUAUUAUUGGCUACUUACCAUUUGAGGUCCUGGGAACAUCAGGCUAUGAUUAUUAUCACGUUGAUGACUUGGAGCUUCUUGCCAAGUGCCACGAACAGUUAAUGCAGUUUGGAAAAGGGAAGUCCUGUUGUUAUCGAUUCCUCACAAAAGGUCAGCAGUGGCUUUGGCUCCAGACUCAUUAUUACAUCACAUACCACCAGUGGAACUCCAAGCCUGAAUUCAUUGUCUGCACCCACACUGUGGUCAGUUACUCUGAGGUCCAGGCCGAGCGAAGGCGUGAACUUGGUGUGGAGGAGAACUCUUCAGAAAUGGCUUCUUCCACUAUCAAGAGUCAUGAGGUCUACUUGGACAUGAGGCAUCACAGCAAAGCUGAGGAGAGCAGUGGGAGAGAACAAGUGAAUGACACACAGAACCGCUCCGUGUCCCUUCCCAGCUCUCGCAAGUCGUCUUACACGGCCCUCUCCGACUCUGCCUCAAAUUCCUCCAUCAUCUUUGCAGAAACGAGUAACCCUUCCCGCCAGUCGGUGCCUCUAGGACCAGAGAAGCCCUCAUCCAGACAGUCGCAGCCCCUCAUGCCGUCCCAGACACCUGCAGAGCUCUUGUCCCAGUCACAUCUCUCCCCGUCCUCAACUUCCAGCCAGCAUUCAGUCAUGCCAAUGUACCAGUUCCCGGCCCAAUUGGGAGUCAUGCAUCAGUUAAAAGAGCAGCUGGAAGAACGAACUCGCAUCCUACAGGCUGACAUUAAGACGCAGCAGCAGGAACUGCAUGAAAUCAAAGAGCAGCUACAGCUUGUGCAAGACUCCAACCUGCAGAUGAUGUUACAGCCCAUCCCCUUGAGUUACAGCACAGGACAACACAAAGGUCUGAGUCGGUCCACUCAGCCAUCACUGUCAUCUGGGAGCCUUCAGUCAGCCACUGGCCUAUCGAAGCAGACCCAGACCUUGUGCCCCUCAGAGCAGUACUGCGCGUCAUCACAUGUCCUGUUGAGGGAACCCCAGAUCCAACAAAGAACAAUGAUUGGGACCCCUCUGCAGACCAGCAGCUUACCUACACAGACUCAAACCAGCGUCUCAGUGCCUCUCUACAGCAGUCCUGUCAUGUUCUCCCAAACCAAUCCUCAGAUUCCAGCAACCCAGGCUGUAACUCAGAGACAUCCAGAGAAUGACUUCAGUCAAGACCGACAGUUACGAUAUGUGCCAUCUCAACAAGUGAUGACGUCCUCACUGCCCAUUCAGUCCAUGAACUGCAGUGCUGUCAUCGUCCCGUCACCAGUCUUCACAUCCCCCAUCAUGAUCCCUCAGAGCAGCUUCAGCACACAUACGGCGCCACCCGUUUACCACCAGGCUCUGCAGCCUUCCCAGCACUCCAUGCAACUCCAGCCACAGCACCACUUCUUUCAGAUAUCUCAGCCUGGAACAUUACAGGGAACACAGACCCAAACUCUCCUCCAUUCCCCUCAUGUCCCAGUGCAAACCAACAUGGGAUACAUCCAAACACAACAGCAACACCAGCAUUGCCAUUCCCAAACCCCAAGCAGCAGCUUGUCAGAUGUGCACAGCAUGCAGCCACCUCGAUAACAUGGACUUUAAUGGCUGUGAUCUGUAACUGUGUCAAAGCUUGGGGCAACUGGACCAGAGAGGCCUGUGAAAAGAAGCUAAGCUGUUGGCCAUGGCUGCUGAACUCUGCCUGGAAAGCUCAGAAGAUGGGAAAAGAGUCUGCUGGCCUUACAACUUGUGGAGAGGUUUCUGCCUUUUAUUUUCAAUGCACUUUUUAAAUUUUUUUACAGAACAUCAUGAGUACCAGGCAGAAAAGAUGACACUUCAGCAGGGCCCUGCAGCUUGGCCUAUGUUUUGUAAUGCAGCUACUGUAUUCAAAUAGUCAGACAGACAUAUAAAAUGAAUUUGGGUCCCAGAAAUACAUUGACUAGUCCAAUAUAAUCGCAAAC